AUGAAAUCCGGCAAAACUCUAUUAUGCUCUACACUGACUAAGGCGCUAUCCAAAAUCAAUUCAACCCAGUAUAUACCAGUUGAUGUUUUGGAUAGUAAUGAAGAUGAAAAGAAAACAGGAUCCACUAUCAACCUUUCAUUUGCACCUAUCAACACUGGGAACUCUGAAGUUACUUUAAUUGAUUGUCCUGGUAGAGAUAUUUUAAUCAACCCAAGAAUAACAGGAUUAACUAUCGCUGACUUAGGAGUUUUGGUUGUUUCUUGUGAUCAAGAUUCAUUAGUGGACAUCAUUAGGAAGGAACUAGCCUUAGCUAGACAUUUCAAUCUCAGAGAAAUUGUUCUAUUCCUCAAUAAGUCAGAUUUGAAAUUUUUAGAUGGUAAUGUACAUACAAAUGAAUCCAUAAAGAAACUACUGAAUCAAUAUGGAUACCAAAGUGAUCUCAUAUUUUCUGGAAGUCUUUUGGAACCCGAUGCGGAUGAUCAACCUCAAAUCAAACAACUAAUAGAUUAUAUCGACAAAUUUCCAAUUCCUAAACGUGAUUCAGUAUCUCCAGUGUACAUGAAAGUUAUCACAACCAAAGUCUUGGACAGCAGCGAUACUUUUGUCUUAGGAUAUCUUGAAAAAGGUACAUUUUCUGUUGGACAAAAUUUUACCGUUCUUGGAAAAGGACGCGAGUUUGAUGUUUGUGUCUCCGAAAUUCUUGACUCCGAAUGUGAUAAAAUUGAAGCUGGAUCCUUAUGGGUUGUCAUCACAAAUCCUGGAUCAUACCAAGCUAACGACCACUUUAAUUGCUCGAUCACACCAACUUCUGCAGAUGAUUAUUUCAAGGAAAGUUUUGGCCAAAACCUUCCAUUAGACCUUUACUCUGACCAACCGCACAGUUUCUGUCGCGUUAAGGCUUUAGAUUACUGUAAAGUAGACAAUAUGUACAAUUGCAAUAUAAAACUAAGUGAUGCUCAAGUCUUAUCCAAAAAUUACCCAUUUGUAUUAGCCAAAAAUAAAAUACUAGUUGGUCUCGGAAAAGUCAAUGAAAUAUUACCAAAUCUCAAUGCCGAAGAUAAGCUGAGGAUGCAUAAAAAAUUGCAAUGA